AUGACUUCUUCCAAUGCAUCACCGGGAGUCCUUGCUUCCUCCGAUUCUCCUUUUUUACUCUCUCAAUGGAGUUAUGAUGUAUUCUUGAGCUUUCGAGGUAAAGAUAUCCGCAAUAAUUUUAUUGUUCAUCUUUAUAAAGAUUUGCGUCAAAAUGGAAUCAAUACUUACAUGGAUAACGAGGAGUUGAGAAGAGGUGAAGAAAUUUCACCUGCACUUUUAAAGGCAAUUGAAGAGUCAAAAAUUUCGAUCAUUGUAUUUUCUGAAAACUAUGCAUCAUCUACAUGGUGUUUGGAUGAGCUGAUGAAGAUCUUAGAAUGUAAAGAAUCAAAGCAACAGAAGGUUUUACCGGUAUUUUACAAAGUCGAGCCAUCGACAGUACGACACCAAAAAAAUAGUUUCGAAGAAGCAUUGUCUAAGCAUGAAGACAAGUUCAAGCAUGAUGCUAAAGUUCAGAGGUGGAAGACUGCCUUAAAUCAAGCUGCUUGUCUAUCCGGUUUGCAUUUAAAGAUCAAUGAGAACGAAUCUAAAUUUAUCGAAGAAAUUGUUCAAGAGGUCUCAAAAAUAGUACUAAAUCGUAUAUAUUUGCAUGUUGCCGAGUAUCCAGUGGGAAUAAACUCUCGUGUAGAAGAUAUUAAUAUGCUAUUAUGUAUUAAGGAGAAUGACAUACGCAUGAUGGGGAUUUUUGGUGUUGGUGGAAUUGGGAAAACAACUAUUGCAAAAGAGAUAUAUAACCGCAUUACUAAUCAGUUUGAAGGAAGCUGUUUUCUUGCAAAUGUUAGAGAAUCUUCAAAACAAGAUCAAGGUGGUCUCGUAAAGUUGCAACAGACAAUUCUUUCUGACAUUCUUAAAGAUUCAAGUUUGAAAGUUAGUAAUGUCGAUCGAGGAAUCAAUUUGAUAAUGGAGAGACUUUGCCGUAAAAGAAUUCUUUUGGUUCUUGAUGAUGUUGAUUGUUUAGACCAAUUAAAAAAAUUAUGUGGAAGAUGCGAUUGGUUUGGUUCUGGUAGUCGAAUCAUCAUAACAACAAGGGAUGAGGGUUUACUAACUAAGCACCAUGUUCAUUUCAAAUAUCGUAUGAAGGAAAUGGAUCAUGAUGAAGCUCUUCAGCUCUUUAGCCAGCAUGCUUUCAAAAGUGACAAACCUGAUGAUGCUUUUGCGGAUGUCAUAAAACUUGCACUAAAAUGUGCUGGCGGCCUUCCACUCGCUUUACAAGUGAUAGGCUCAAAUCUAUAUGGAGAAGAUAAACAUUUUUGGAAAAGCGAAUUGGAAAAGUACAAAAGAAUUCCAGAAGAAAAUAUCCACAAAAAACUCAAAAUAAGUUACGAUGGAUUAGAUGAUCUUACAAAAAAGAUUUUUCUUGACAUUGCAUGUUUCUUCAAAGGACACGAGAGAUAUGUCGGUAUCAAAAAGCUCAAUGAUAAAUGUCUCAUAAAAAUUGAUCAAUAUGAUGGUAGCCAAUAUUUGAGGAUGCAUGACUUACUACAAGAUAUGGGUAGAGAAAUUGUUCGACAAAAAUCACCCGAAGAACCUGGAAAGCGCAGUAGAUUAUACUUUCACGAAGAUGUUCGUGAAGUACUUGAAAAAAAGAAGGGAACAGAGCAAAUUGAAGGCAUAUUGAUAGAUCUGCCUCUGGAGGACCGCAAGACACAAAUGAGUACUAAGGCGUUUGCAAAAUUGAAAAACCUCAGAAUAUUUAUAAACCGUAAUGCAAGUUUUAGUGGCAGAUUGAAGUAUUUCUCUAACGAGUUAAGAGUUCUUGAUUGGCUUGAAUGCCCUUUGGAGUUUUUGCCAUCUACUUUGCAUGGAGAGAAACUCACUAUUUUAAAAAUGCAAGGAAGCAUGAUUAGAGAUUUAGGCACGAGAGUGCUAUAUAAGAACUUAACAAGUAUAGAUUUCAGUGAAUCUAAAUACUUGACAAAAAUAUCGGAUCUUUCAAGUUGCUCAAAUCUAGAGAAGCUGAUUCUUAAUGAUUGUGAAAGUUUAGUUGAGGUUCAUGAUUCUAUUGGAUUUUUGGAUAAGCUUGUUGAAUUGAAUUUUCUAGAAUGUUCUAGCCUAAAGAAUUUGCCAAGAAACUUUAAAUUGCGAUCUCUAGAAUUGCUUGAACUUAGAGGUUGUACAAGCCUUAAAUACUUUCCUGAAAUUGAGUGUGAGAUGGAAUAUUUGAAGUAUCUCUGCUUAGAAAGCACAGUAAUACAGGAGCUGCCUUCAUCCAUUACAUACCUCAUUGGGCUCGAGCAGUUUGUUUUGAGAUGGUGCGAAUGCCUUGUGUAUCUUCCAAUAAACAUUUUUCAGUUGGAACGUCUAAUGGUAGUUCACAUCCAAGAUUGUCCAAAUUUUGUAAAUUUUGGAAAGGAGGUGGGGCAAAAUGGACAAUCCAAGCCAUGUACACAGGAAUUGCUCCCAUUGCCGCCUUCAGAAUCAAAUUUCAGUUUGUGCACAUUAAUUCUAUCUGGUAGUGGUAUUGUUAGCCUUCCUGCAUGGAUAGAAGGACUUGUUGGAUUGGCUCGCCUUGAUUUGGCAGGCUGCGAGCAACUUGAAGAAAUUCUACAUCUUCCACCAAAUAUAGAAGUUGUAAAUGCUCCAAGAUGUAUAAGAUUAGUUGAGGUUCAUGAUUCUGUUGGAUUUUUAGAUAAGCUUGUUGAAUUGAGAUUUGGAGGAUGUUCCAGCCUAAAGAAUUUCUUCUCAAAAUCAAAUAAUUUAUCUCGGACAUAUAAUUUCUCAUCCAGUUUGAGGACUUUAAAUCUAUCUGGUAGUGGUAUUAUUAGCCUUUCUCCAUGCAUCGAAGCAUUUGUUGGAUUGUCUCACCUCGAUUUGGAAUACUGCAAGCAACUUGAAGAAAUUCUACACAUUCCACCAAAUAUAGCAUGGGUAAAUGCUAGAGGGUGCGGGUUGUUGGAACGCUUUCCUCAUGGAUCGACAGAAUCUUUAUUCGAUACAUCCGCCUUAAAACGACUAAGAUGGAUGACUUAUCGGAGUGCAAUAAAGUGGAAGUGGAUGCAGAGAAUCAUGUGCCAAAUCCAUUAUUGGUUCAGGUAUACAUGUUUGAUCUCUUUGAUCUCAAAUUUCUUUCCAUUUCGUAUAUUUGAUAGCUUGUAUUUGUUUUCUAACAUGAACACUUUCAGAAGAAAGAAUCAAGUUUGA